AGACGUGCGAUCGUUUUCAUUUCGUUUGCUAAUGUUUUUGGAAGCUAAGCGCACUGUGAAUUCAGCAAGUGGCUCUAUGGUGCUGGAAGACGAACAGAUUUUUCACUGUAUACAACAAUGGACAUCUCCACUUUCCGUGCAACCUCAUGAUUUAAUAUGUACAACUUGUUGGAAUGAAGCCAGUCGAGCAAUUACAAGCUUGAGCUCAGCUGGUAGGAACUGUGCUCUUUGUAAUACAGUGCUGCCUCUUCGCACUCGAUCACAUCAAUUAAUCGCAUUGAGGACUGAUACUCAACAUCAUGUGAAUAUCAGGAACAUCAUCUUUGAAAGACUUCUACCAUUGCAGGUUCGUGCAUCAGAUUACAUUUGUUAUCCUUGCUGGCAAAGAGCUGAAAGAGCUGCAAAACAUUACUCUUUGCCGUCAUCAUCAAGAGGUACUGCGGCCUCAAGAGUACCAUUGAGAUGUAUUAACUGUAAUAUUAAUUUGAUAAGAAUGAGACGACGUAUUUUAGAAGAUAAUGCAAUUCUGUUACAAGUACAACAACAGAUUACACCAAGAGUUGCUACUUCAGCGGACUAUAUUUGUGAAGCGUGUCACACAUUGAUAUCUGAGAGAAGUGCAACAGUAGAAGAUUUACAAGAUUCUACUCUUACUGUGGGUCACCUAAACAUAUGCCUAAUAUGUGGUCAUUCAUUGACAAAUGCUAGAAGUCAUGAAGUCCUAGCAGAAAUCAACCGCCAUGUUUUACACAUCAUUCAAAAUUGGGUUCAGCCACGGCAGGUUCAACCAUCAGAUCUUGUUUGUCAUAGAUGUUAUCAGCAUGCAGAAACCACUCUGAAUGAGGCAAGAUCUGAAGUAUCAGUGCCACAAGCUGAUAUAAUUAUACUGCCUAACUACUCAAGAGCUCCUGACACUCAUUCUCGUUGCAUAUUUCCAACCUGUACAAGAAUGUCACAACAAAUGGUUCCACUUACGUUACGCAUAAGGCUUUUUAGUGAUCACAAAUACUAUAUACCACGCAAUUGUCGUAUAUGUAGCUUCCAUUUAGAAAGUCAGACAUGGUCAGACUUGUUUGAAGGAAAUAUGAAUCACAGUUUUACAGCUGCAUAUAUUGAAGAUUUUUGAGAACUAUUGAAGGGUGAUAAAAACACAAUUGAUUUUAAUGACAUUAAUGGGAUGGGUGAUAGUGUAUUCUAUUAUUGGUUGGGACAUACAAAAGAGCAGUUUAGAGAAUUAGAAGCAACGUUGCCCGAUUUCCAAAACCGUGCCACAGCACUUGGAGCAUACUUAAUGAAAUUACGAACUGGAGAUUCAGACGACAAAAUUUCAACAUUAUUGAAUAUGAGUAGAACUAAAUUAUCAAAGUUGUUAAACAAAGGUCGAGAUGUUAUGACAGAGCAUUUUGUGCCACAACAUUUAGGCCUUGAACAUAUAUCAAGGCACCAAGUUGCAGAAAAGAAUCUGUAUAUUCCAAAUAAUUUAUUCGGAAACCCAGGGAGUUGUAUUGAAGAUAGAAAGGCGAUUGCAGUAAUGGAUGGCACAUACAUUUAUGUACAAAAAAGCAGCAAUUAUUCUUACCAAAAGAAGACUUAUUCGCUUCAUAAGUAUAGAAAUCUUGUGAAACCAUUCCUCAUCGUAUGUUGCAAUGGUUAUAUAAUUGAUGUGCUGGGCCAGUUUGCAGCUACAAAAUCUGAUGCUGAUAUUGUAAAAGAUCAGUUCAGAGACCCUUCACAACCUCUUUGGCAGUAUUUUAGAGAAGGAGAUGUAUUUAUUCUGGACAGAGGUUUUAGGGACUGUAUUUCUUUGUUAGAAAACUUAAAUUACGCAGUGCAUUUCCCUCUGUCUCUGCAACCAAGCGAGUUCCAAAUGAGUACACAAAAUGCCAACGAAUCUCGAAAAGUGUCAUUAUGUCGGUGGGUCGUAGAGGUUGUGAAUGGGAGAUUUAAAAGAGAUUUUAAAUUGUUAAGACAGGAGUAUUUUAAUAAAACUUCAAAGCAUUUAAUGGCAGAUUUCAAGGUCGCAGCAACGUUAUUAAAUAAUUUUCAUUCCCUUUUAGUUGACAGAGAUGAUGCAAGAGAAAUUGUUUCAGUAAUCCAAGAAAAAUUAUUCACAGAAAAUACAUUGGCAGAUUUCAUAGAAAUUCAUAAUUUAAAUAGAAAACGGGCCCAGUUUGAAAGCAUGACUGUUCAAAUCAAUAACCUUAAUAAUUUUCCACAAUUGGAAUAUAAUGAUUUGAUUUUGAUAUCAUUAGGGAUUUACCAAAUUAAACAAGCCCGCUCAUACUAUGGCGAGCAUGUUCGUCAAGACGGUAAUUAUGUUGUUGAAGUAUGCAGGGAGGUUGAACAGGAGUUGAUUAGUGAAUUACAUUUACUACAUUCUGAAAAUGUAUGGCUCUUGAGAGGCAAAAUACACAGCAGCCAUAUUAGUAGUAAAACUUAUUUUGUAUAUAUUUUGGUUGAUGAAUCAGGCAGGAGGGAGGCAAUAAAAAAUUAUUGUUGUAAUUGUGUUGUUGGGCGCAGAACUAUAGGUUGCUGCGCCCAUGUUAUGACUAUAAUAUGGUAUUUAAGUUGGGCACAAUACCAAGACAAUAUCAACCCCCCUGCUCAAUUCUUGGAUAAUAUUUUGCUCGAAAGUAAUGAUGAUUAGUAAUAUCAAUUUAUAUAAUUACUUUGGAUGCCAGAUGUAUAAGUUGUGUUUAUUUGGUAUGAAUAGAAUAAACACCUAAUCACAACCUGAGUUUUAUUUACCGUAUAAGUGCUAGGCUAAGACUGAACCACCUACACUAGCAAUAACAUUCACCAGUUUCUCGUCUGUAUAACACAUUAAAUACAUGGUUUAUUAAUGAUCCCAAGGAUGUUUUCUGUCUUAAACUUAACCAGUUUCGUGCACAUUUGUCAAAAAAAUCCCAGAUUAAUUAUACCUAUCUGUUAUCUGUUAUAACUUGUUUAAAAUUAACCUUAUUUUAACAUAAAAGAUACUUAUGUCACAUGUUAAAAUAGCACGCUGUGUUUAUACCUGUAACUGAUUGUGCAUUUAGCUCAUAAUAGUUUAUUACAAUGUAACUACUUUAAGUUUCUGUAAUGUAACAGUCGUUGGUAGACCAAAUAAAUAAAUAAAAUAAAAAACAUAGUAAUAUUUCAUACAAAUAAAACAUAACCUCAAAAUCUCUAUGAUAACUUAAUAUCUAUGUUUUCAGAAGUGUCCGUCAGAAGUUAUUGUUCUUACAUACAAUUAUGUGUAAUUUCGGACUUAAAAAGAUAUUUUUUUUCUCUGUUGGUUCUUAGGCGAACAUUGUAUGGACGCAAAACAUUGUCCUUUUUCAGUAUGUCAAAAAUUUGAAUUGGCGCGUAACCGCAACGAUGCAACGCAAUAGCUGCAACACUUCUUUAAGCAUCCACUCCAUAUUUAAAAAUGAGUAAAAUUCUAAAAAGUAUACAGUUUUAUUUUCAUGAACCAUUCGAAAUUCGAAUUCAAUAAACUUUUUUGUGGCCAGCAUUCUAAAAGAAAAGUUUUUACUGUGUGACAAUACUUAUGACCUGACUAGGUAAUAGAAUCCUUAGCUUAUGUAGGCACAAAACUUACGUUUUUUUAAUAAAUCCAUAACUUUUAUUUUUUUUAUAAGUAAAUGACUUUUAAAUAAAAGUAGGUAGGUACUUUUAGGACAAAAUAGUAAUGUGAGAGAUUGUUUAGAGUAAAUAACAUAGCUAUUAAAACAACUUUUAAAAGAGCUUUUUACGUGGUAGAGCCAUGCUGCAGCAAUAUUAGUGGUAUAGUUGUAGUACGAAUGGGUCGGCUCGACCGGCGAAGGACCACGCUCUCCCAGAAUACCAGCGUAAAAUAGCAGCUUAACACUGCUAUGUUUCGUAUGGUGAGUGUAGAGUACCGGAGACCCUUUUUACUGGAAAAGAGGCAUUCCGUCUUAGUCCUCACGGGUGACAACGCAUCUGCAUUUUGAGUCUUUAUUGAGGAUAGAUGAAGAUGUCUAUGGGUCACAUUAACCACUUACCAUCAGGUGGACUGUGUGCUCGUUUGUCACCCUAUCCUAUAAAAAAAAAAGAGCUCAAAGGUCCUGUUACUACAAAAUAUACAAUCCCUAUAUGAUUUUCUGAUGAGAGAAGGCUUGGGCCCAGCAAUGGAUCGAAUGUAAGCUUUGUGUUUAUUAAUAAAAAAAUAUUCUUUGAAAUACGUAAUUAAAGUAGGUAUUUCCACGAUGAAAUACUUCACCUAAAACUAAAAAUUAUCGCCAUAAAUAUUACGCAAAAUUUUCAUUAUGAAGUGCAGCAAUCAGUGUUGAGCCGGUGGUGGAGCGUAACGGCAUUAUUUCUUAGCUUCGUAAUCUUUGGGCAUUGCAUAAUGCUUAGAUGGGUACCUAGAUGUUCAUCUAAUAGUUAUUUUUAAAAUUAAUUGUUUGCUUUUUAUUCAUUCAUUUUGUUACGAUUUUGUUUUGUUUGGUGGUGCUGCAGCUAUAUUGUGGUUGCAGCACGAAUGGGUCGGCUCAACCGGGGUAGGACCACGCUCUCACAGAAUACCAGUUUAAAAUAGCAUCUUAAUGCUGCUGUGUUUCGUACGGUGAGUGUUGAGAUCCCGAGACCAUUUUUACUGGAAAAGGCAUUUCAUUACAGUCCUCAGGGAUGACAACGCAUGUGCAUUUUGAUUCUUAAUUCAGGAUAAAUGUAGAUGUCUAUGGGCUGCAGCAUCCACUUACCUUCAAGUGGACUGUGUGCUCGUUUGUCACCAUUAUUCUAU